GAAGAAAGAAAAUAAGAAACUCUAAAGAUAUCUUAAACCUUAAGGUUUAACGCUCAAUACCUAAACAUUCCUACUACCAAAAUGACCACACAAAAACGCGACGAUGAAGUCGAAGCUGUGGAACUCGGUACCGUCCAGAACAAAACUCUAGCACGGCACGACAGCGCCGAAAGCAGAGAUAGAGAUGAAUUGAAACGGUUAGGAAAAACGCCCGUUCUGAAAAGAAACUUCGCAUUCAUGUCCAUCCUCGGCUUCAGCUGCACGAUUCUGAUAACCUGGGAAGGAAGCCUAACCGUGUUCGUCAGCGGCCUUCAAAACGGAGGACCAGCCGGAAUCAUCUACGGGUUUCUCGUUGUCUGGCUUGGCAACCUGUCGGUUUUUUCUACGCUCUCGGAACUGGUAUCUAUGGCUCCCACUUCAGGGGGCCAGUACCAUUGGGUUUCCAUGCUUGCGCCUUCCCGAUGCUCUAAGUUUCUGAGCUACAUCACGGGCUGGUUGACUGUUACGGGCUGGCAGGGCCUUGUUGCGUCCGGUGGCUAUCUCACCGGGACUAUUAUCCAAGGAUUGAUUGUGUUGACCGUUCCAUCGUAUGCUGCGUCCGAAACUUCAUGGCAAGGCACGUUGUUAUACUGGGCGGCGAUAUUUUUUGCCGUUUUUAUCAAUACGGUCGUUAGUAGCUUGUUACCGAAGAUCGAAGGGUUAAUCCUGGUACUGCAUAUUUUGGGGUUUUUUAGCAUCUUGAUUCCGUUGGUUAUACUGGCGCCGCAUGAUUCGGCAAGCGAUGUGUUUACCGGUUGGCUGAAUGAAGGAAACUGGUCUACUCAGGGACUUUCGUUUUUUGUCGGGCUGAUUGGAAAUGUUUUUGCGUUUCUUGGUGCGGAUGGAGCAUUUCAUAUGUCAGAAGAAAUCCGCAAUCCAUCUCUAGUAGUACCCAGAUCCAUCAUUUUGAGCAUAAUACUGAACGGAAGCAUGGGAUUUGCAAUGAUAAUAGCAAUUUUGUUUUGUCUUGGAGACAUUGAUGCUGCGUUGUCAAGCGACACUGGCUACCCGUUUAUCGAAAUUUUCUUCCAAGCGACUAGAUCUAUAAGUGGGUCAGCAACUAUGGCGUCGUUAGUGGCCAUAUUAGGUUUAUGCGCUACUGUUGGCAGUCUGGCUUCGACAUCUCGCAUGCUUUGGUCGUUCGCUAGAGAUCAUGGCGUGCCUGGUUGGAGAACCAUUUCAAAGAUUGAUAAUCGCACUACAAUUCCACUAUGGUCUAUUGCUAUUACUUGCAUUGUCUCAUGUCUACUUGCAUUGAUCAAUAUUGGCUCCGCAACAGUCUUCAACGAUGUUGUAUCUCUAUCUGUUGCUGGUCUCUAUAGCUCCUACUUAAUCUGCGCGGUUCUUUUACUAUAUCGUCGUCUCACUGGAGGAUUUCAAACACUCACAGAUAUUUCCGAAGGACCAGUUUUGGUAAACACUACAGGUGCUCAAUUAGUUUGGGGACCAUGGCAUGUUCCAGGAGUGUUCGGUAUUAUCAACAACACUUUUGCUAUCGUUUACUUGACUAUUGUUCUGUUCUUCAGCUUUUGGCCCUCUGCAUUACCUGUUACUGCGGCGAACAUGAACUACAGUUCUUUGGUUACUGGCGCCGUAAUGAUAUUUAGUAUAAUAUACUAUAUUAUAUUGGGAAGACAUGAAUGGAAUGGCCCAGUUGUCGAGGUGCAUUUGUGAUAGUCCAAAAGUGAUGGUUUUGCUAUACCAAGACUUUGAGACAUACUAUAGCUCCAAAGCCAAGAAUGAGGAUGGAAUUAACGAGAAUGAAUAGAGACCGAAAACAUGUAUUGUGGGAAAUCUGGUUAACAUUCGAUGAAUCGAAGCGAGGCUUGA